ACUAACACCAAACCCUAAAACACACAAGAUCAUCAUCACAAUGAAGAUCUCUUUUCUCAUCACUCUCCUCUUGGCGACAGUGGCCUGCACCCACGGACAAGAACCGGUGAAAGACACUGCCGGGAAUUUUCUUGAGACAGGUCAGCAAUACUUCAUCCAGCCGAUCAAGACCGGGAGCAACAACGGAGGUGGUCUUGUUCCAGCCGCCAUUAGACUUAUUCCCCUUUGUCCACUUGGCAUCAACCAAGCAGCCUUUACGUUCCUACCAGGCCUACCGGUUAGUUUCGAGUUUUCUGACUCCGUCACAGAACCCACCAUUAUGACAUCUACUGAUGUAACCAUCGAGUUCAAAUCUAGCUUACCACCGCCGGUCUGCAAGGAAUUUUCCUUUAUAUGGGCAGUUGAAUCCUCAUCGGAUUCCAGUGAGCCAGCAAUUAUCCUCGGUGGUACCCCGGGGAGCCAAAAUAGCCGUUUUAAGAUAGAGAAAGCCGGAGAAGGAGCAGGAGAAAACACUUAUAAGUUGACCAGCUUAGACGGGACCGUUGGAAACGUCACGGGGAUUUUUCUGGCACCACAACUAGUUCUCACCAGUGAUAAUGCCAAGACCACAUUCGUCAAAUUCAACAAAUAUAAUGAAGCUAUUACGUCGGCUUCUCGUGUUGAGAAGUCAGCUCUAAGGAUGUUCCCAUUCUAAUAUUCAAGAUAAUGUAAUGUUAAGCCUAAGACUCGUCCAUUGCCAAAAAUAAGGGGUUGAGAAAAUACCCGCACGCAUGUUUUUUUACUUUCCUCAUGAAUAUAUAAAAUGA